CUUUCCCUCCCACUCUCACCUUUUCUUCAACUUUCAGAUACCCCCCUCAGCACUUAUCAGGCUUCUUCAUAACUGUGGUCAAUUUAAUUUUUUCGCUAUUAAACUCUAAUUGCUUCAAUUCAUCAUGUCUGCCUCUCUCUUCCGCACUUCUUUCGCCCGCGCCGCCCUUCGCGCCGGUGCUGCUUCCACCCCGAAGGCUGCCGGCGUCGCUGGCAUGACUUUUGCUCGUGGCAAGGCCACACUGCCUGACCUUGCUUACGACUUUGGCGCCCUUGAGCCCUCCAUUUCUGGCAAGAUUAUGGAGCUGCACCACAACAUGCACCACAAAACCUACGUGAACUCGUUCAACGAGGCUUCCGAGAAGCUUGCCGCGGCCAAGGAGAGCAAUGACAUCGCCGCUCAGAUUGCUCUGCAGCCUUUGAUCAACUUCCACGGGGGUGGCCACAUCAACCACAGCCUCUUCUGGGAGAACUUGGCCCCCAAGAGCCAGGGCGGUGGUGAGCCCCCGUCUGGUGCCCUUGGCAAGGCCAUUGACGACACCUUUGGCAGCCUUGAGUCCUUCCAGGGCAAGUUCAACACUGCUUUGGCCGGCAUCCAAGGCAGCGGCUGGGCUUGGCUGGUCAAGGACAACCAGACCGGCAACAUUGGCAUCAAGACCUACGCGAACCAGGACCCUGUCGUCGGCCAGUUCACUCCCAUUCUUGGUAUCGAUGCCUGGGAGCACGCUUACUACUUGCAAUACCAGAACCGCAAGGCCGAGUACUUCAAGGCCAUUUGGGAGGUCAUCAACUGGAAGACUGCUGAGAAGCGUUUCCAGUAAAUGCGACACGCAUUUAAAAUGACUGAUUUUCGUUUAUUUUGGCCAUCUAUAGUUUAGCGUUUACGGGACUGAAUCAAUUUUACGGGUUAUUCUACACAUUGUUUUUCUUGGCUAUAACCACUGCUCGAUGUGACAUGACAUUCUUAUUGAGCCAUGACU